GCAUACAUUUCUCAACAGUGCCCUGACAUAUAUAAAUGACAGCCCAAUGCAAAGACCUUGCUCUACUUCUUCAGAGAGUCACCUCUAAAUGCAACGUUCUUCCCAGAUGAACACAAUGCCUCAGUUCUACCUGGGUUUACUUCUUGUUGGGCUCUUUGCUUUUGCCCACUCUCACCACGUGCCUGACCACCAUGAGGACCACCACCUCCAUCAUCCUGCUGAAGAUCACAGUGAUCUCCCUUCUUCAAAGAUAGCCUCAGGCAAUACUGAGUUUGCCUUGAAAUUCUUCCACCAGCUUGUUUCAGAGGGUGCUGAUACGAAUGUUUUCUUCUCACCUCUGAGUAUUUCCACUGCCUUUGCCUUGUUGUCACUGGGAGCUAAAUGCACCACACUGAGUCAGCUAUUGUCAGGACUUAGCUUUAACCAGACUGAGAUCAGUGAGCAGGAAAUACAUAAAGGAUUCCAUCAUCUCCUCCGUUUGUUAAAUCGCCCCAAUGCUGAAAUCCAGUUGAGCAUUGGGAAUGCCAUAUUCACAGAUGACCAAGUGAAACCCCUGAAGAAGUUCUUGGAUGAUGCCCAACAUUUUUACGAGACAGAGAUUUUUCCUACUAACUUCAAGAAUUCGACAGAAGCUGAGGGCCAGAUCAAUAGCUAUAUAGAAAAGAAAACUCGUGGAAAAUUGGUUGAUGUUGUCAAGGGUCUUGACCCAGGGGCUGUAAUGGUUCUUGUAAAUUAUAUUUUCUUGAAAGCCUAUUGGGAAAAUCCUUUCGAUUAUCAAAGCACUAGAGAAGAUGACUUCUUCGUGGAUGAGCAAACAACGGUGAAAGUCCCUAUGAUGAACAAAAACAGCAUCUUUGAGACUUACUAUGAUCAGGAUCUGUCCUGUCAGGUGGUGAAGCUGCCCUACAAAGGCAAUGCUUCAGCUUUAUUCAUUCUGCCUGAUCAAGGAAAACUGAAGCAGGUGGAAGAUGCUCUGGGGCAAGACGUUUUGUUAAAAUGGUCGAAAUCACUGAAACAAAGAAGAAUACAUCUGUACCUUCCAAAGUUUUCAAUCUCUGGCAGCUAUGUUCUCAAAGGGAUAUUAACAAGAAUGGGUAUUACUGGUAUAUUCACAGACCAAGCAGACCUUUCUGGAAUUACUGGGAAUCCGGAGCUGAAGGUUUCCAAGGCUAUUCACAAAGCUUAUUUAAAUGUCCAUGAGAAUGGCACUGAAGCUGCAGCCACCACUGUCAUUGAAAUCGUCCCCAUGUCCCUUCCCCCUGUAAUUAAGCUCCGUCAUCCUUUCUUGGUGUAUAUCUUCAUUGACAAUAUAAUAGCUUUCAUGGGAAGAGUUAAAAAUCCUACAGAGACAUGAUGGCAUAACUAGUGUUGCAGCACAGACAACAAAGUAUUUCCAAUAUACAGCGUGUGUGAAAAGAUCCAGUCACUGUCAUGUAUUCCCAAAAGAAUUAAACACUGAUGGAGUCUCUAUGUCUGUGAAA